UCACUACUUCCACCUCUCCACUCACUACUCACUCACUCUCUCUCUCUCUCUCUCUCUAAAACAAAGAAGAAGAAGAAGAAGAAGAAGGAGAAGAAGUAGAAGAAAAAGAAAAGGAUAGUGGUUUGUUUGGUUGAGCAAUGGCUCUGAUGCUGGACAACUGUGAAGGCAUAUUACUUUCUCUGGACUCUCACAAAUCAGUCCCAGCACCAUUCCUAACCAAAACUUACCAGCUGGUCGAUGACCCAACAACCGACCACAUCGUCUCUUGGGGCGAAGACGACGCCACUUUCGUGGUCUGGCGUCCCCCCGAGUUCGCCCGCGACCUCCUCCCCAACUACUUCAAGCACAACAAUUUCUCCAGCUUCGUGCGCCAACUCAACACCUACGGUUUUAGAAAGAUUGUACCAGACAGAUGGGAGUUUGCCAAUGAGUUCUUCAAAAAGGGAGAAAAGCAUCUUCUCUGCGAGAUCCACCGGAGAAAAACCUCUCAGCCACCGCAAGUCGCCUUCAACCACCAUUUAAACCAUCCUCAUUCUCCCAUGGGCGGCCGGGUUUCUGUCCCCUACCCAACCCGAGUCAGCAUCUCGCCGCCCGACUCCGACGACCAGGCCAAUUGGUGUGAUUCUCCGCCGCCGACGGCAAGGACUGGUUUCUCCGCCGUCGCUGGCGGUGGUUGCGGCGGCUAUAACAACAACAACUCGGUGGCAGCGCUUUCGGAGGAUAACCAGAGACUCCGGCGGAGCAAUAGCAUCCUGGUGUCUGAGCUUGCCCACAUGAGGAAGCUAUACAAUGACAUUAUAUACUUUGUUCAGAACCAUGUGAAGCCUGUUGCUCCAAGUAAUGCUUUCUUUAACUCAUCAUCAUCAUCACCAUCCUGUGCUACUCCUAUCAAUGCUUCAAUGGUGCAACAAAAACCUCUGAACCAUCUCAUUGGGUACCAUCAAUCCAGCCCUAAACAAGCUCCUCAGUUUCAAGCAAUGGGUUCAUUCAACUCUACUAAUACUAACUCUCCAUCACACAGUUCUUUGACGAUGCUUGAAAACCCAGAUGGUAACAGUACUCGAACGAAGCUUUUUGGGGUGCCAUUACAGUCCAGAAAGAGAUUGCACCCAGAAUACUCUUCUUCUAUAGAGACCAACAAGGCUCGAUUGGUGUUGGAAAAGGAUGAUUUAGGGUUGAAUCUCAUGCCUCCUUCCCCAUGUUAGCAUUUCUUGGGUUUUUUUGUUUUAGUUCUUUUUAAUUGAUUUUUAGUCCUCUUGUGUUCUGAUUUUCUUGUUUUAUGUUUCUGAGAGUUUGAAAUUGUUAUGAAUGUGUGUGUGUGAGUGAGUGCGUGUGUGGAUGUUUGUGAGUCUGUGUAAUGUAUAUAUGAGUUCAGUGCCGGUAUUAUCUUGUUCUUCCAGAGCCUUGAAUGCAGGUGGGUUUUGGUUAGAAUGAUGAAGAUCAAAAAGCAAGUUAUUAAUGGUUACAAUCAUCUUUUUAGUUCAA